AUGUUCGUAACCACGGCGGAUCCGGUUCGGGAGCCGCCGAUUCUUGUUGUGAACACCGUGCUUUCGCUGCUAGCUGUGAAUUAUCCGGCGAAUAAACUAGCAUGUUAUGUUUCAGACGAUGGAUGCUCACCUCUCACUUACUUUUCUCUCAAGGAAGCUUCUAAGUUCGCCAAGAUUUGGGUUCCUUUCUGCAAGAAAUACAACGUCAGAGUUAGAGCCCCUUUUAGAUAUUUCUUGAACCCUCUGCCCUCUUCAAGGGAUUCUGAAUUCACUAAAGAUUGGGGACUGAUUAAGACGGAGUACGAGAAGUUAAGCCGGAAAGUGGAAGAUGCCACUGGAGAUUCCCAUUGGUUGGAUUCAGACAAUGAUUUCGAAGCUUUCUCAAACACAAAACCUAUUGAUCAUUCAACUAUAGUCAAAGUAAGAGUAUCAGGGUUAAUGACAAAUGCACCAUACAUGUUGAACGUAGACUGUGACAUGUAUGUAAAUGAAGCAGAUGUGUAUUUGGGACGAGGAAUUGCGGGAAUCCAAGGACCGAUAUUUACAGGCUCUGGAUGUUUUCACACUAGAAAAGUUAUGUACGGUCUUUCUAUCGAUGAUUUAGAUGACAGUGGAAGUCUUUCUUCAGUUGCUACAAAGAGGAUGUUAGCUGAGGGGAGUCUAGCGAGAGAAUUUGGGAGUUCUAAAGAGAUAGUGAAAUCGGUGGUCGAGGCGUUACAAGGAAAAUCAAAUCCCCAACAAGCCAUUACAAACUCCAUAGAAAUAGCCAAAGAAGUGGGGAAUUGUCACUAUGAAUACCAAACCAGCUGGGGCAAAACCAUUGGUUGGUUAUACGAUUCAAUGGCUGACGAUGUAAACACAAGUAUUGGAAUCCAUUCGAGAGGAUGGACAAGCUCAUACAUUUCUCCAGAUCCACCAGCAUUUCUUGGCUGUAUGCCGCCAAUGGGACCGGUGGCCAUGGUCCAGUGGCAGCGAUGGGGGACGGGCAUGCUCGAAGUCUUUUUCAACAAACAAAGUCCGUUGAUGGGACUAUUUCACCAAAAAAUGAGAUUCAGACAACGAUUGGCUUACAUUUCCAUUUCUAUGUGGGGUCUAAGGUCAAUCCCUGAGCUCUUUUAUUGUCUCUUGCCUGCAUAUUGCCUACUACACAACUCUGCCUUAUUUCCCAAGGGACUUUGUUUAGGUAUAAUCGUCACACUUCUGGGGAUGCAUUCUCUCUACACGCUAUGGGAAUUUAUGAGGGUUGGUUUUUCCGUACAAUCAUGGUAUGUCUCCCAAUCAAUUUGGAGAAUAAAGGCCACUUCUUGUUGGUUAUUUAGCAUCCUUGAUAUCACACUCAAGCUUCUUGGAAUCUCGAAAGUCGUGCUCAUAGUCACCCAAAAGACUAUUCCUGAGUCUAGGUCAGGGUCAGGAGACGAACCAACUCAGCGUAUAGAUCAUGGCUUAAGCCCAUCUUCCGGUAAAUUUGAAAUCGAUGGCUCACUUUAUUUCUUGCCAGGCACAUUUAUUGUGUUAGUAAAUCUAGCCGCAAUAGCCGGUUAUUGGGUAGGUCAGCAAUCGUGGAGUUGUAAGCAUGGAGGUGGUGGUUCAGGUUUGGCCGAGGCAUGUAUUUGUGUCUUGGUGGUUAUCAUAUUCUAUCCAUUUUUAAUGGGCCUGUUUAAGAAGGGGAAAUAUGGUAUCCCGUUGUCUACUCUAUCUAAAGCUGUCUUUUUAACAGCUUUAUUUGUUGUUUUCUCUGUGAGAAAAUAGUAUAGUGAUAUGAGUUUGCUUGGUAAAUUAUCCUGACACUGUCUCAAAAUUCAUAGUAUUAUUUAUGCAACUAGUGUCAUUUAUCACCA